AUGUCGUAUUAUGUGUCCCCACAAGCUGCUAGAUACAAAGUUCGUACCCGCAUCUCAUAUACACUUCGAGACCAAGAAGCUUCCCCACUUCACACAUCGGGUAUCAAUGGACUAGCCCUCGACCUGACAUCUGUCGACUCUACCAGUAGUAAUAAUAAUCAGGGAAUCCUAUACACGGCAUCUCGAGACGCUACAAUCAAUUCAUGGGAUUUACAUCUGGACUUGUCCUCAACUUCGCCCACUGGGAGCGCUGGCAGCACGGGAAGAAGAGCUUCCGUGCCCCACGAGUUUAGAUUCAGAUCUAGAAGGCGUUCUGGGUCUGAUCCUCGUGGCCUAGACGAUGGCAAUGGAAAUAGCUCACAUAACAGUGAUGAUGAUGCUGAUUCGAGACACCCCGAAGAUGCCCGUACAUUUGAUUAUAGGAAUGCCGAAACUACUCAAUCGCCAUUGGUUGAUGCUUCUUCUGCUACUGCGUCUACGGACGAUGAUGAACGGAUGCGGAAAACAAGAAGUGUCACUUUUUCCGGUGUACAAGAUGCUGCUGGUAAACCUAGACGCAAGAGCUUCUCAUCUGCUGAACACUUGGGAAGGUUUCCGAGAAAGACUGCACCACCAGCUACAUUCAGAAGGACAUUCCAGUAUCAUAGUGACUGGGUGAAUGAUAUCGUGCUGUGCAACAACAACCAACAUUUGCUUUCGGCUUCAGCUGACAGAACCGUCCAAUUAUGGUCUACAAAAACAAACACCCCUCCAACAAAAAUCGGCCAUCAUAGUGAUUUCGUGCGAGCUUUAGCAUAUUCACCUGCUGGUGGGUGGGUAGCCUCAGCUGGUUUAGAUAAACGGAUUUUAUUAUGGGAUUUGGGUGAAGGGCGCGGUGAAGCUGGUGGAUUUGCGUUACGUGAAACUCCUGAUGUGAUUAUGAACGAAGCAGCACCUACGUCCUCCGUAUACUGUCUCGCCACAAACCCAGCAGGAUCCAUCCUAGUCUCAGGAUCUCCCGAAAAACUGGUUCGAAUAUGGGACCCAAGAUCAAAUAAACGAGUCUUGAAACUUACAGGACAUCGAGACAAUAUUCGAAGUGUCCUAGUUAGUGAAGAUGGUCGAUGGGUAUUAUCUGCUUCGUCAGAUACCACCAUCAAAUUGUGGUCGCUUGCUUCGCCAAGAGCUGCUUGUGUUACAUAUACACAUUCGCAGGAUUCGGUAUGGUCUUUAGCUUCAAAUCAUCCCUAUCUAGAAACGUUCUGGGCUGGUGGAAGAGAUGGUUGGGUUACUAAAAUGUCUAGAAGGCGGUUGGAUGACGGAUCGGAAGGGUUUGCGUAUGAGGAAGUGGUGGAUUGUGUAGCUAUAUGUAGAGAGAAGGAUGCUGUCGUGAAGAUUGUGGCAGUCGAAGACAUGUAUAUAUGGACUGCAACAACCAAGUCUCAUGUCAACAGAUGGAGAGAUUUGCCGUUCAGAUCUACCACAGUCAUGCUGCCUGGUCCAGAUGCUACUGCUGCAGCCACAGCAGAUCCAGAUUUGGUUAUCAUAUCACCAGCUUCUAUCGUCCGUCAACCACCUCAUAUACUAGAUGAAGCAUCGUCACUAAAAUCAUAUCGAUUCUCAUUGACAUCGUCUGACGCACUAUCGAAUCAGCCCCUACCGCCAGGUCGAGCGAGUGAUCUGACGAGUAUAGCAGAUAAUGUCCUAUUGUCGGACGAACCAGUCGUAGAAGCCGUCUUCAAAACGCCGGAAGAUACCAUUAAGGGUGGCACUGGCAUCCAUAGAUUCACGACAUUGAAUGAUCGUAGACGAGUCGUUACUGAAGACACACUAGGAAUAGUGCAAAUAUGGGAUUUAGUAAAAUGUACCAAGUUGGAAGAUUUGGGUAAAUGUGAUUACACCAAGACUAUAGAAGAACGUAAUACGAAUGAAUGGGUUGCUCCCUGGUGUCUUAUUGAUACCAAGAUGGGAUUCUUGACAGUCCACUUGGAAGAAUCGAGAUGCUAUGAAGCUGAAGCAUAUCAUGAAGAAUGUGAUUUGCAAGUCAAACCAAAUAAUGAAGAUCAACGAGUAAAUUUAGGGAGAUGGGUGCUUACGUACUUGUUUAUUGCAUUUACGAACGCAUUACAUGCUCGAGCGCAUCCUAAUGAUGUGACGAGUGGGCCUGGUACUCCUUCUCACAAUGUUAUUGGGUCGCCUACUACUAUGGAUGCUCCUGCUACACCUAUAUCUGCCAGUAGUAAUAAUGAGAGUCUGAUGAUACCCGCUACAGGUGAUGGCCACAUAAGUAGUGAUGAGGCCAGUAAUGGCAAGGCUGAAGAAAGUAGUAGCAGUAGUAAUAAUACUGAUGUUGGUGUUGACCCAUCAACAGGAAGUGAUAAUCAUGAUGGCACUAGUCCCAUUGCCUCAUCAUCAUUACCAGCUGCUCCUGUCACAGAAUUGGGUACAUCUAGUAGCCAAGAGUCUCUAAACUCAACCAAGAAACAACCACCCAUUCCACCAUCUACUCCGCCACAUCUCCCAUUACCAGAUAAUAGGUCCGUGACAAGCACACCUGUAGCAUUAACAUUAUCCACAGCCGCCACAUCACCAUCCCAGUCUUCACCGUCGUCAACUGUAGUAGUGCCACCAUUAUCACCACCACCUGUACCGGCUCAGGGAUCCUCAUUCAUGGACAAGUUUUUGAAACAGAGGUCCCGAAGGAAGAGCGAGUCUACCUCCUCGUCGACUACUUCUAUGAGUAGUACUGGUACCAGUAAUAAUAAUACGCCUGAUGUUACACCACCUAGUUCUCCAAUGGCGAGACCUAGUAGUAGGGCAGGGAAUAGGACGCCUGUUACGAUGCCUUCUAUACUUGUUAGUGGGAAUACUACUCCUGGCAGUCCACAACCACCGCCAAAGACACCUCCAAAGCUUUUGGCAGUACCAGGAAUACCAGCACAUGGCACCAAGUUGGAAGAAGAUGCAGUGACGUCGGUGUCAUGGAUUAGGAGUCAGAACCAACGAGUCAAUCAAGUACCAGUACACACUAGUCCAAUAGAGGCCAAAGCCAACAUUAACAACAUUAAUAGUAAUCUGCCAUCCUACAUCAACCCUGAAGAGACACCAUAUAUAGAAAUACCGCCUCAUAUACCUGUCUUUCUAUCAGUAGAAGAAACAGCCGAAGUGUCUACCUUUCUCGACAUUUAUCGAGGAACAGUAGGACGCAUGGCAGAGCCUGAAGAAAUGGCACAUUUAGAAGACAUGCUCCCUGGCUGGAUGUAUGAUUGGAUUGUAGAACAAAAACCGCCAUCACGAGAUCCAGCCAAAAUGUCGUUUGUCUUGGCACCCUUUGAAUCAUCCAACUUGCCUGAAUUACCCAAUAAUACGUCAAGGUUGUCUGCGAAUAGGAUGCUUCGAGUACGUAAAUUGUUGGCCUAUGUGGUCGACAAGUUGGAUUUGCAUCCACCUGGAGUCGUUAAACCAGAUACCAAACAUAUGAGGUCUUUGUCUGGGCAGUCUACUGGUGCAACGCUAUUUGCAGCUCAGAUGGCUGCUGCUGCUGACUUGGGGUGGACGAGAGAGAAGCCUGAGAUGUGGUUGGAGAUGUUGUGUCAUGAUAAGCCGGUUCCACCUAAAAUGACGUUGGCUACCAUAAGAGCGUAUCUUUGGAAGUCUGGUGGCGAUCUUGUAUUGUCUUAUCGAUAUUCACCCAAACCUCAAACAAUUCCAAAAGUGUAA